CUUGGACAAGUAGACAGAAACCCAAACUGUCCGUCUGUAAUCUGUAUUCUGUAUACGCGACGAGUCACAGCAGUAUCAGAACUCAGAAGAAGCUCUCUCAAACUCGCCGAGUCUACACGGUCAAAAGGAACGAGACGACCGUUUGUUUGGUGUUGGGCAAAGCAACUUCUUCUCUAAACUAUUCACUUUGUCGGAUUCAAAUUCAAUUCUGGUUAAAAUCUUGGCAAGGCAAAGCAGAGAAAAAUGCUGAAAGCGAUUCAGAUUCUGGGUUGUUCUUCAGGCUUCGUUUCCCACCACUGGAAACCCCACAACAACAAUUUCGGAUUCUCCUUCGUUAGAAGAUUGCCCACGACUUCUUCUCUCCUGCGCGUGUCCUCCACGCGCCGGAAUCCUUGCUUCAGCGCCCAUUCCGAGUCCAACCCACGAGACCCUUCUUCUACUUCUUCUUCUUCUUCUUCUUCGUCAGUUUCAGUCAAGUCGGCUGGCAAUGUUCUAAAGGUCAAUUUUUGUCAAUGGUGUGGUGGCCCGACGAAGCAUGAUGUGCCGGAAGGAGAGGAGAAGAUUAGAGCCAUUUGCACUGUUUGUGGCAAAAUCACUUAUCAGAACCCGAAAAUGGUUGUGGGUUGUCUCAUUGAGCACGAUAAUAAGGUCUUACUUUGCAAGAGGAAGAUCCAACCAUCAUAUGGUCUUUGGACUCUUCCUGCCGGUUACAUGGAAAUUGGGGAAUCAGCUGCAGAAGGGGCAAUCAGGGAGACCUGGGAAGAAGCAUGUGCAGAAGUGGAAAUGCUAUCGCCUUUUGCUCAAUUGGACAUCCCUUUAAUUGGCCAGACUUAUAUAAUCUUCUUAGCAAAGUUGAAGAAACCACAGUUUGCACCAGGACCCGAAUCAUCAGAAUGCCGGCUUUUUGCACUUGAUGAUAUACCCUUUAAUUCUCUGGCAUUUUCGUCUAUGUUGGUUACCUUAAAUUUGUAUGUCCAAGAUGUUAGGGCUGGAAGACUUAACUUCCACUACGGUACUAUCAACAAAAGUUGCAGAACUCAGCUGUGCAUGGAAUUCAGAAUUAAAGCUCGGAAGAAAGUUGGUGUACAUCUACCGCACGAGAGGACAAAAAGCCGAUAUCUUGGUCCAACUCUGGAAUGUGGAAACCAUUGGAACUUGGGUUCUGAUAUACAAGACAAGGCAGUUUGAUCAAAUUCAACCAGCCACUUGGUGAUCAUUUUCUGUGUUACCUUCCCCUUGGAAGGAAAAGGACAGAAGUUGUAUGUGAGGAUUGGGAGGAGAUGUAACUGUAAACAAGGAUUGAGACAAUUGAUAGAAAAAUUCAUUGCAAAUAAAACUUUUUGUUGCUCUCUUUAUUAAGAUUU